CUGACGCGACGCAGCGAUGUUGCCAGCCCAGUCCAGGCGGAUGCCCAAGAGCCGAGCUUAGCUUUUAACUAGUUUAUAUCUGGCAGCCAUCGAGUGUGCAACGGCCGACGGAAGUUGAAGUUGUCACCGUGACAAAACGCGAACCGAUUCUUGUUAUUCUUGCCUUGCCCAUGGACAGCUUUAAAUAGCUGCGUUUGUGCGUGUGUGUAUGUGUGUGUGUGUGUGACAACGUCAAAGAAAACAUUAAGCAAUUUGAAAUCAACGGCAAACGAGUGAAAUCUGAUUGGAAUUUUAAAUACGUCAAAGCUUUUGUGAGCGCAAACAAUGAAUUCACUGCCCAAAUGUAUUUGGCGUGCCAAAGCGACAAACUGUGCCACGCCUGCUUUCAGACGGACUGCAUCAAAAAUUGCUGGCGUUCAGGCACCGUUGCUGCAAGGAGAGCAACGACAGCGUCGCCUGGAUGGACAGCAACAACAACGCGAGAACUCGGCAGCAGCCGCAGAAGCAGCAACAUCAGCUGGACCUGCAGCAGUCUGUCCACAUUUGGGUCUAGAGCAGGAGCCAGCAGCACGAAUUCAUGCCACAGCCGAGUGGCAGAAUGCAUUGCCCUACAAUGAAAUACCAGGACCAAAGCCAAUACCCAUACUGGGCAACACCUGGCGCCUUAUGCCAAUUAUUGGCCAGUACACCAUAUCGGAUGUGGCCAAAAUCUCCUCGCUGCUGCACGACAGAUACGGACGCAUAGUACGUUUCUCCGGUCUUAUAGGCAGGCCCGAUCUGCUCUUCAUCUACGAUGCUGAUGAAAUUGAAAAGUGCUACCGCAGUGAAGGACCCACGCCUUUCCGGCCCUCGAUGCCCAGUCUGGUCAAAUACAAAAGCGUCGUGCGCAAGGAUUUCUUUGGCGAACUUGGCGGCGUUGUGGGCGUUCACGGCGAGCCAUGGCGUCAGUUCCGAUCGCGUGUGCAGAAGCCUGUGCUGCAGUUGUCGACCAUUAGACGCUAUCUGCAGCCGCUGGAGGUGAUUACGGAGGACUUUUUGGUACGUUGCGAACAGCUGUUGGAUGGUAACGAGGAGCUGCCAGCUGACUUUGACAAUGAAAUCCACAAAUGGUCCUUGGAGUGCAUUGGUCGUGUGGCUCUAGACACGCGGCUAGGCUGCUUGGAGCAUAACCUGACGCCAGAUUCGGAGCCCCAGCAAAUCAUCGAUGCAGCCAAAUAUGCUCUACGGAACGUGGCCACGCUGGAACUGAAGGCGCCAUACUGGCGCUACUUCCCCACUCCACUGUGGACGCGUUAUGUGAAGAACAUGAACUUCUUUGUGGGCGUUUGCAUGAAGUAUAUACAAAGCGCAACAGAGCGCUUGAAGACACAGGAUCCCAGUCAACGAGCAGGCGAGCCGUCGCUGCUGGAGAAGGUCAUUAUGUCGGAGAAGGAUGAAAAGAUAGCCACUAUUAUGGCAUUGGAUCUGAUACUCGUGGGCAUUGACACAAUUUCGAUGGCCGUGUGCUCCAUUCUAUACCAAUUGGCCACGCGGCCCAUGGAGCAGCAGAAAGUGCACGAAGAGCUGAAGCGCCUGCUGCCGGAUGCCAAGACCCCACUAACGAUUCCACUGCUAGACCAAAUGCACCACCUAAAGGCAUUCAUCAAGGAGGUCUUCCGUAUGUACAGCACGGUUAUAGGGAAUGGACGCACACUGCAAGAGGACAGCGUUAUAUGCGGCUACCAGGUUCCCAAGGGCGUACAGGCCGUAUUCCCCACAAUUGUCACUGGCAACAUGGAGGAAUAUGUCACAGAUGCAGCCACGUUCCGGCCCGAGCGCUGGCUGAAAGAGCAUCAGGGUGGUACUCCUGGCAAACUCCAUCCAUUUGCCUCAUUACCCUACGGCUAUGGAGCACGCAUGUGUCUGGGCCGUCGCUUCGCUGAUUUGGAAAUGCAAAUAUUGCUGGCCAAGCUUCUGCGCAACUACAAACUAGAAUACAAUCAUGCGCCAUUGGACUAUGCGGUGACCUUCAUGUAUGCGCCGGAUGGUCCGCUGCGCUUCAAAAUGACGCGUAUCUAGUUGUUGUUAUUACUCCUUUCUAUAUCUGUGUACUUUAAGAUUUUUUCAUAU